AUGGGGUGGGAAAGGGAUGAUCCCGGCCCCCCAGCGCCUCCUUCUCGCUGUCGGACCUGGCCCCCGGGCCGCGAUUACGAGCUCUGCGUGCUGGCCGUGUUCUCGGACCUCGGCACGUCGCUGCCGGCCACGCGGCCGCUGGGCUGCUCCCGCUUCUCCACGCGGCCGGAAUCGCGGCCGUGCCGCUCGCUGCAGGCGCAGUUCCUGGGCGGCACCAUGAUCAUCGUCAUCGGCGGCAUCAUCGUGGCCUCGGUGCUGGUGUUCAUCUUCAUCCUCCUGAUGAAGUACAAGAUCCACAACAACCACCCCAAAUCCAAAGGGAAAUCCAACGUCUGCUCGCAGACCCAACGGCUCCCAGAGCGGCUCCAUGGGCAGGUCCAGCUCCAAGCUGGCGAGAGGAGGGAGAGUUGGAGUUUGGAAUGUUCCGGAGGGCUCGGGGAGAAAGGGGAAGGGGUGGAGGUGGGGUCGUGA